AUGGCUUUCGACCCUGGCGCGGGGGAGGAAGCUCGCCUGCUGAGGACGACGGAGGACGACGAGGCGAUGACGGCGCGGGAGAGGAGGCGCUCACCUGACGGCCACCGAAAUCCAAUCCACGGCAGGAGGACGACGGAGGCGAUGACGGCGCGGGAGAGGAGGCUGCAUGCGUGCGUUGUCGUUGACCGCGAGGGCGAGCUGGUCUCCCGUGAGGUCGGCCAGUCGUCCGGCGACGGCGCGGAACUCGAAGGGCAUGGCGGCGAUGGCGGACUGGAGGCGCGGCGGCGAUGGCGGACUGGAGGAGCGGCGGCGAUGGCGGACUGGAGGCGCGGCGAUGGAGGACUGGAGGAGGGCGGCGGAUUUCUUUCUUCUUUCUUCUUCUUCUUCUGCUGGGUUUUCACUUUUCAUUUUGAGAGAUUGUGUCCAGGAGGUCCUGGGUUCGAUCCUUGGCAGCCGCCACUUCUGCGUUACCCCCUUGGUGACCACCGACAGGGCUAGUCUUCCAUCUUCAAUCCCGUUCUUCUCAGUCCACCAGCGGCGCUCUCAAUAGCAAAGCAGAGCGAUAGUUCACUGAUCCACAUCGACCAUCCGUCCUUCACCCGUCGACUUCGAAAAGCGGCCAUCCCUCCUCCAGCGGCAAGGAAACCUCUGCCUCCUCAGUUCAUAUCGCCGUUCUCCUCUGCUAGCAUCUGGUCGUCCAUCGACGGUCCCAGCACCCACGGAUUUCGUCCACCAGCCAGGCGGACAUCACCGUGUAGAGUUCGUUCCCCACUGCUCAGCCUCGGCACCGCUCACGGCUGUGCCGGCUCCAGAGUAGACAACCACUGCUCCGCCUUGUCUCCACCGCUGCCGGCUCCAGAAUCUGGGCCACUGCUGCCGCCUGGAGUGCCAGACCAGAUCACCACUACACUGCCUCUUCCGCCUCACUUCCAAUCUGCUGCGCCUGCAUCUUGCUGAUUAUCUCUUUAACGAUCAUAGCAGGGUAGGGUCUCAACCUUACUUCUGAGAGUUGCAGAAUGGCUACUGGACCUGGGCUUGAGUCUCUUGUUGAUCAAACCAUUUCCGUGAUCACAAAUGAUGGCCGCAACAUAGUGGGCAUCUUGAAAGGCUUUGAUCAGGCCACGAAUAUCAUCCUUGAUGAAUCUCAUGAACGUGUUUAUUCCACUAAGGAAGGCGUCCAACAACUGGUUUUGGGUUUGUACAUAAUAAGGGGUGAUAACAUAAGCGUUAUUGGGGAACUCGAUGAGGAACUUGAUGCGCACCUUGACCUGUCGAAUCUCAGAGCACAUCCCCUCAAGGCUGUGAUUCAUUGAUCAGAGGCUCGAACAGUUUCGGAGUUGCUCUUGGUGGACCGGAUUCCUGUACGAGUGUUCAACUUAGAGAGAUACCAGCGCGUCUUACCUGCAGACGUAACUUGGGACUGUUUUACGUGAACAGUUUGACCGUCACAAUUUGGUGGAGGUCACUGUUUUUAAGCGGAAGUGAUUCUAAUUUCUUCGAAUGGACUGAGAAUGGGAAGGAGCGAUUUUUGACGAUUAGUUCUGAAUGUCAUUUACGGCGGUACGUCAGUUCCUCCAUAGCAUUGAAGAGAAUUGUUGGACAUUAUGGGUCGAUCUUAAUAUUAACACUUUAUUUGAACUAGACUAUGCAAAUUUCAGAUCUAUGAGUUGGUCUUCGCUCGAGAGGUUAUGAUCAAAAUAUUAAUACAAUGCACCAAAC